CCAUGAUGCCGAGUAUGCGAAGCCACACAAAAAUCAGAAGGUGCUUUUGUCACAGUGGGUGGACAGUGACGACGAUGAAAAUCCGUGUGAGCCAGAUGGAUUUCCAGGCUCACCUCCUGCACCACAGUAUGCACAACGGAAAGAUGAUACACAUGUGGUUCUAAAUUUAAAGGAUGAAGAGGUGUCGUUGUGUGAAAAGCUUUCACCCUCCCCAGAUAUAACUGGUGGAGCAUGUCAGAUAUGUAAAAAAAAAGCCCGAGAAAAGUUCAAGGAAUUAAGCGAAGAAAAUUUGCUCCUGAUCAAUAAAAAUCAAGAACUUAUCCUUGAACUGCAUGUAAUGAAAGAAGCGAUGAGAGAACUGCAUUUAAAAUGCAAGAGGCUGGAAGACGACAGCUGUGCGCUGCAGGAAGCCGAGAAAGCGUCCUCUCAGGGAGUUGCUGAACCUGAAUUACUUUAUCUAAGGAAACAAGCUCAAGAAUUGGUGGAUGAAAACGACGGGUUGAAAAUGACCAUCCAUCGUUUGAAUGUAGAACUGAGUCGAUAUCAAACAAAAUUUAGGCAUUUGUCCAAGGAAGAGAGUUUAACUAUUGAAGGCCUCCCAUCAAAGGGCCCUAUACCACCCUGGUUGUUGGAUAUAAAGUACCUGUCUCCAUUGUUGUUGGCUUAUGAGGACAGAAUGAAAGAGAAGGAUGAGCUCAAUGCCACCCUCGAGGUAGGUUGGCAGUAUCUCAGGAGAGACAGGGUUUAUAAGAAGUCAGAUGGUUGCAAACUUGGAGGAAAUGUGUUGGAGCUAGGUGUGCCCAACAUGUGGUAGAUACUCUAAAGGCUUGUUAAAGGACAGU